AAGAUGGAAUGAAAGCUUCCAACCUGCAUCGGUAUGAAGAGAGAUAGUUGGUUUGAGAGAAGGAAAGUAAUUUGGCUGGUGUUGCAUCAAGACAUCGAUAUUGACCCCAGAUAUGCAGGACAUCCCACAGCGAUAAGCUAUCGAUACCUGAGAGCAUUCCAUAGAAAGGAAAUCAAGACCAUGGCGCGUUCAAACACCGACAGCGCAGAAUCUGUCGAGUCUCGGGCUAGUGCAGGAUAAAUUCCCCGCCUCAGGGAACAACUUAAUCGAGGGAUCGCCACUUCGCUCCGCCAAUCGCAUCUCAGCAUUCUGAAUACGAAUUCCACUUUCCAACAUAAUGAAUUAGCAGUGGCGACUGGUGUAGACAGCAUACUUUGGACGCAUGCGAAGAACUGCUCUCCGCAGUUGGUAGGCUAUUGUUUAGGCAGCGACCAUAUGGCUUUACACCUAACACCCCCCCCCUCCCCAACUCUCAUGUUGAUUGGCGCGGGAAAUGGUGUCCCUGUAUGGUACAGCAAGCGAAAACCAAAAGGGAUAUCAGCCUGUCAUAUAACCAUGCAUACAGUCAGCAAAGGUAUAGUAUACGCAAAACAUCGGUGUGUCGUUACUCGCGGAAGAUGCCAAAUGUGGACCGUGAGAUUUCGUCCGAUCUCCGGGUCACAGAUUUUGGCAAAUGCGAACAUUCACUCAAGUUGUCUCACUGCGAUAUCUGAUGUAAGAGUGUUUCUCAGAUAGAGGCUAUAGCUUACAACACAUGUGUGCUACGUAAGUGUGAAAUCAUUAUGCUAGAUAGUGAUAUGCAUUGAUGUCGCUCAGUCUUAUGUCUAUUAUUUUUAGAGAUCGUUAGAUAGAAAUGCCUGAUUUGGUGAAUGACCAUUCUAAGAAGUGGCCUGAGACCGGCAAUCAAUUCAUGAAUUCAACAUUACCAAAGAUUGUUCCACAGCAAUAUAAAGAUAUUGGGGUUCGGAUACCCUCGAAGGGCUGUUGUCGGUGCAAAAGUGGCAGCGGGGCAUACUGGGUCUAUUGGCUUCUAGUCUAUGCGUUCCACGGGUAUCUUGAACUCUUGCGUGAUCUUGGCCAUGUUAUCGACAACUAAGGGAGUGUAAAGUCAGUACGGGCUUAGUGUGCAGAGUGUGCGUGCUACUUGCGAUCAUUGACGUCGACAGUUUGCGACUUGUUCAUUUUUGGGUUAUUAGAGCUGGACCCAGAU